GUCAUCGUUAUCAUGUCCGAACUUUAUGCUGUUCAGCCUCAUCACGCUACAAGCUUCGAGGAUGAACUUGCAGCUAUCGCGCUUCAGCUGGAAGAGAUCGGAAUACACGCUGACGUCGGGAAAGGCAAGUAUGCCGUGGAUCAUCCACCAGAUUCCGAGAUAGCGUACGCCAGCUUCCAGGCCGAGUUGCGGGACUACCAUACAUUUCUUUUGGACCAAAGGGUCGCUCAUAGCAUUGGGACGGCGGUACACUGCGACGGGGCUGUCGUGGCGGAUUUGACUUUGGAGGAGAUACGAUGCCACGAGGAUCGACUAUUCGCAAUUCAGACCAGUAAUCAUGAUUCCGAGUUUCAGAGGGCUCCAGAAUCAGCACUGGGCGAGCCCGAAGACAACAUUCGGAAUUGGAUGAACGCGGCGACUGAAAGCCAGUAUUCGGGCUCUAUACUCGAGUUUUCCGACGACGAAGAUUACGAAGAUAAUGUUGCUGGUCCAUCAGUAUCUUACGCGGAACGCCAGGCAGGUAUGCUCGAGAAGCUCUCCCGACAAGUCAGAUGCGCUGUUUGUCUCGAAUACUUUCAUUCCGGGGCUACCAUUCCCUUGUCUUGCCAAGACAGAUAUUGCGUUGACUGCUUGAAGGGUCUUUUCGUUCGAGCCACGAAAGACGAGACGCUGUUCCCUGUCAGAUGCCACAAGAAACCCAUCCCGCUGCAGCUCAUCGCAAAACAUAUGUCGACUGUCGAACUCGCGGCAUAUGAGCGAGCCAGCAUCGAAUUUUCUACUGCAGAUCGCGUAUAUUGCAGUAAUCGCGACUGCGGAGAGUUUAUCCCGCCAAGACAGAUAGAACUGGGAACUCACAAAUCGGAAUGUGAACUCUGCAAUACGUCCACCUGUGGGCUAUGUAAGAACGAAUACCAUGAUGACAUGGACUGCCCGAAUGAUCCCGAAUUACAGGUCACACGCGAUUUGGCUGGGGAAAUGGGGUGGAAAACAUGUUAUCGGUGUGGCUACAUCGUUGGACUAAGGAGCGGGUGCAAUCACAUGACAUGUCGUUGUAAAGCCGAAUUCUGUUAUGAAUGCGGUACCGAGUGGAAGCAUUGCGAAUGCGACCAUGCGAACGCAGACCGUAUUAUGGAGAGGGCGGAAGAGAUUGUUGAUCGCGAUGCCGUGGCAGACCUGGCACCAAUUGAGCGACAGCGUCGCGUACGGCAAGUUCGUGCGAGAUUAGAGGAGAAUCACGAGUGUGAGCAUCCAGGGAAGUUUCAGCGCAUUUAUCACGGCGGCAGACGAGGAUUUCGUUGCGAAAUGUGUGAUGAGCGGCAUUGGAAAUAUAUUUUGCAGUGCCGUCGUUGCCAGAUCAAUCUAUGCGAGGAUUGUCGUCGCAAUCGCAUAUAA